CGUGUUCUUCUAGUCUCUGGUAUAGAGAGUUCACUCUGCAACAAACCGAACAACAAUGGCUUCCAAUUCGAAAUCGGAGACUUUUCUACAGCGAUAUGGUUACGAUUUGCUGUUGGCAUCAAUAGCUGCUUUAUACGUUCUCACCGUUCCUUACACAAAGGUCGAAGAGAGUUUCAAUGUUCAGGCAAUGCACGAUAUUCUCUAUCACCGGACUAACCUAGACAAUUAUGAUCAUCUGGAAUUCCCUGGGGUGGUUCCUCGCACUUUCCUUGGUGCUUUGCUUGUGUCAAUCAUUGCAGCUCCUUUUGUGUUGACUGCAAGUUUGAUGCAUUUGCCAAAGUUUUAUGCUCUUGUCAUUGUUCGAAUGGCUCUAGGGUGCAUCAUACUAUACACACUAAGAUUCUUCCGACGUCAGAUAAGGAAUAAAUUUGGGCAUCAAGUAGAAGCCUUCUUUGUAAUAUUAACUGCUAUUCAGUUUCAUUUUCUGUUCUAUUGUACCCGUCCACUUCCUAACAUUCUUGCACUGGGCCUAGUGAAUUUGGCAUAUGGAUACUGGUUUGAAGGACGUGUUUAUGCAGCUCUAAACUCUCUGAUCUUUGCUACAACUGUAUUCAGAUGUGACAUGCUGUUACUUCUUUGUUCCAUUGGGAUGCAACUUCUUUUGACAAAAAAAAUUUCAGUAUGGGGUGCUCUGAAACACUGCACUGGGAUGGGCCUCUUCUGCAUAGGUCUAACCAUAUUAGUUGAUUCAGUUAUGUGGAAACGAUUAUUGUGGCCUGAAUUUGAAGUCUUUUGGUUUAACUCUGUACUAAACAAAAGCUCUGAAUGGGGAACAAAUGCUUUCCAUUGGUACUUCACUUCAGCUCUUCCUCGUUCACUACUUGCUGCAUAUCCACUUUCACUGUUUGGCCUUUUUUUAGACAGAAGGGUACGAUCUUUCACUUUUCCAGUUCUUGCCUUCAUUUUGCUUUAUUCUAAGCUUCCUCACAAGGAGCUUCGUUUUAUCAUUAGUUCAGUUCCAAUAUUUAAUGUCUCCGCUUCAAUUGCUUCUAAUAGAAUUUACAACAAUAGGAAAAAGAUGAUUUGGAACUUGCUUUUCCUCACUUUAUUGGCAUUACUUUUAGUGAGUCUUGCAGGCACCAUCACAAGUUUCAUGGCAUCAUACUGGAACUAUCCUAGUGGGCAUGCCUUAAAAGAAUUGCAUGGAAUUGGUUUUCAUCAUGACACAAAUGAACAGUGGGUGCACAUUGAUACAUUUUCAGCCAUGAAUGGGAUAUCUCGCUUUUGUGAAAGUGAUUUGCCAUGGAGGUACUCUAAAGAAGAACAAAUUAGUUUGGAAGAAUUUCAACCCAGAAAUUUUACUUUCCUUAUAAAUGAACAUCCUGUGAUCAAUGGAUUCAAGUGCCUAUUUACUGAAGAUGGGUUCUCAAGAGUCCGCUUGAAAUCUGGCUUUCCACCAAUUUCACUGGUAAAAGAGCCUAAAGUUUAUGUCCAUGGAAGUUUAGGAAAUCAGAAUAUUGUCAGCCAAAAUUUUUCUGGCUGCUCAUAAUUUGUCUGGUAGUAUAGUCUGUUUGAGCUUGACAGGUUUGAAGGGUGUGGUAUCCUUUUUGACCUUUUUUCUCUUAGUUACCUACGAGGAAGAGUGGGGAGCAAGUUUGACUAAAGUUGGUAUUGUGACCCGUUCUAACAGUUGUGUGUUUUCAGCACUAAUGAUAAUGUACAUACGGGUAUAAUAUUUUUCUUGUAGCAUUUCAAACAUUGAUUCGUCUGAGGUAGCUAUAUCUGAUUUUUCAAUUACAGUAGAUCAUACUGGUUCAA